CAGCUUGGUCUUGCGGACGGGCGGGCGCCUUAGGCGGGUGUUGCCGGUGGCUCGGGUGCCGUCACUGGGCAUUCCCCCAGCCUUCUGGGCACUUGCCCUGGCCCAGGCGGGCGGUCCUCAGUGAGGCAGUCCGCGAGCACCUCAAGAAAACGAGAUUAUCUUCUUACCCAAAAAGAUGAAACCAACUGGGUUACUUUCAAAAGACAACCAAGUGAGCACUGCAGACUAAUGAGUAGGAUCAAUAAGAACGUGAUUUUGGCGCUGUUAACUUUGACAAGUUCUGCAUUUCUGCUGUUUCAGUUGUACUACUACAAGCACUAUUUAUCAGCAAAGAAUGGAGCUGGUUUAUCAAAAUCCAAAGGAAGCCGAAUUGGAUUUGAUGGCACACAAUGGGUAUGUAUGAUAAUCAAGAAAUUCCUCAAUUGCCAUAUUCAUUUAGUUCAUCCAUCUGUAUACUUGCGCACAGUUAAAAAAUUUAUUAUGCUAACGUCCAGUCACAAUGUACCUGUGUUCCUUAUUGAUCCUUUGAUUCUGGAAUUGAUUAAUAAAAACUUUGAACAAGUCAAGAAUGCUUCUCAUGGCUCUGCUUCAGAAUGCAAGUUUUUCUGUGUUCCAAGAGACUUUACUGCAUUUGCACUACAGUAUCACCUAUGGAAGAAUGAGGAAGGCUGGUUUCGGAUAGCUGAAAAUAUGGGAUUUCAGUGCCUAAAGAUCGAGAGCAAGGACCCCCGGCUAGAUGGGAUAGACUCACUUUCUGGAACUGAAAUCCCCCUGCACUACAUCUGCAAACUGGCCAGUCAUGCCAUCCAUUUGGUGGUCUUUCAUGAGAGGAGUGGCAACUACCUCUGGCAUGGCCACCUACGGCUCAAAGGACACAUUGAUAGGAAGUUUGUUCCUUUUCGAAAGUUACAGUUUGGUCGUUAUCCUGGAGCUUUUGACAGGCCAGAGUUACAACAGAUUACUGUUGAUGGAUUAGAAGUUCUCAUUCCAAAAGAUCCAAAGCACUUUCUAGAAGAAAUACCACACUCUAGGUUUAUUGAGUGUAGGUAUAAAGAAGCUCGAGCAUUCUUUCAGCAAUACCUUGAUGAUAACACUGUGGAAGCUAUGGCCUUUCGGAAGAGUGCAAAAGAAUUGUUGCAACUAGCAGCCAAAACAUUAAAGAAAUUGGGAGUACGGUUCUGGCUGAGCAGUGGAACUUGUCUAGGAUGGUAUCGGCAGUGCAGCAUUAUUCCUUAUAGUAAAGAUGUUGACCUAGGAGUUUUUAUACAAGAUUACAAAUCUGAUAUUAUUUCAGCAUUUCAAGAGGCAGGACUCCCACUCAAACACAAAUUUGGGAAGAAGACAGCUUGGAACUAUCUUUCCAGGGAAAAGAUGACGUUAAACUUGACAUUUUUUUCUUCUAUGAAGAGACUGACCAUAUGUGGAAUGGAGGCACUCAGGCCAAAACAGGAAAAAAAUUUAAAUACCUGUUUCCCAAGUUUACACUGUGCUGGACUGAGUUUGCAGACACGAAGUUUCGUGUGCCCUGUGAAACCAUCGAAUACAUCGAAGCCAACUAUGAGUCUCCAUGUACCAGGUACAAUGCUAGGUUACAGUGGAGAAGCAGAGGUGAGACAGAUGCCUGCCUCUUUUCCCCCUCCCUUUGGUAAGCACCCCAAUUUUCCUUUGAGGGAAACAUCCUCACCCUUUGAAGAGCUUAUAUAGAAUAUGAUAUAUUCUGUAAGUGCUUUCAAGAUUUUAAAUAAUGUUUGGACUGGAAGAUGGGCUUACCAGGUGCAGCUAAGCAAGGAUAUACUAGUAAAAAAGAAUAACCCGUUUAAGCUUGUAUGUUAGGGCUGCUUUUAAGGUUGUGGAGGCUGAGUUAAUUAAUAUUCAAGUGAUCAGACUUCAGGUGACAUCAAGAAAAGAUGCCAACAGAUUCCUUUUACAAGCAACCUGAUGUGGAAUUGAUUUAGAGCACAGAGCAUUAUGUAAGAGAAUGACAGCUUAUUUCUAGCCUUGUCAAAGACACGUAAAUUACCAUACAUCUUCUAUGUUCAUAUUUGAAGUGAAAAGAAAGCUUAUGCUUGUGUGAUGCUUAAAUUUCCAGCCCUUGUGAGAAUAUUUUCACUGACCUGAUGGUACUUUUGACAGAUCAUUCAAGUGGGACCAUGCUGCCAGACAUGAUAUCGAAAGUGUUGUGAUUUCGUAAAACGUGUUUUCCUUAUUUCAUUCUCAAUCAGUAGGUAAAAUGUGAGCAUUUCAUGGUCAUUUAAUAUUUUCUGAGUUUGUAAUCCUUGUGCUCCAAUUUUAGUGUUAACCCUAAAAUAUUAAUAGAAAUACUUCUGCUUUUUCCAAAUGUAUUCCUCAGUGUAUUCAUUCAUCAGUCACAGUUCCAUAUAUUUCAUUUAUGGCCUGUAAACCCAUUUCCAUGGUAUGUAAACCUGCCCGUUCACUGUACUCUUCCAACGCUACAUCAGGACUCUGAAAUGCAGAUAAGUGGCAAGCCUGGCAGCUGUUCCCCACCCUAGACCAUAAUGUUUAUAAAGUUUGUAUCCGUCCCUAGUUGUCCUGUGUAUUGAAUAUCGAUGGGGCAAGAACUCAGACAUCCCUACUUUGUCAAGUGCCACCCACUCUGAAACCCUCCAGUUUCCUUUUUCCCCUCAAGAUACAUCCCUGAGCGGGCUGAGAUGGCUGUGUCUCCCCAUCUCUUCACGAGUCACUUUAAUUAUGUAUUCUGAGUAACAGGUAUAGGGAUAUUAGGCACAGUAAGCACUGCUAUCUUUUUCUUUGUCUAGGAUAGGAAGCUAGGUCUUAAAUUUUAUCUAGGCUGCUUAGGACUACUUUUGGGACCAGGUUGGCAGAUUUUCUUGAAAACUAGAGAAUAAUAGGAAUGUCAGAAAUGGAAACCAGAAAGUCUAAGAGAAUGGACUGAUAGUUUUCCUAAAACAAAGUUGGGGAAACCUACAACCACCCCACUCCAGAUUUUAAAAACAACAAAAACUUUUUUCAAUAAAUGGUAACCAAUGACCUUUCUCUCUUAGGAUGAGCUUUCAAUGCAUAGUCAUUGGGUCUUCUCAUAAAUAACAUAAUUUGCUUUUCAGGUAGCCUUUAUAGAUUACCAGUAAACUUGUCCCCAAAUGACAGGCCAUUGUAAUCACCCUUCUUUUUGCUAGAAAAUCAGCCCAUAGAAAUCAUACCCAAAUUCUAAUUAGCUGAACCUAAUUUUUUUUUUCAUGGUUGAAAAAAUAUAACAGGUGAUAAUAGUAUUCCUGGGCAAAAUCCACCGUGCUUAGUGAGGACCAUUUGCUCGUACUUAGCAUCUAAAAGUGCAUAAACUACACAUUUCUGCCCAUUUCAGAUUGGGACUCCCACUGUUCGCCAGGGGGGUCUUACCCACCCCUGUUUAUGUUAUUUCUUUUUAUCUGUCCCCAGAGUCUAAGGUCUCGAAGUGUUCAGAAUCUAAGCUCUCUUGGCCGCAUUGACAGAGGUUCCAUAUCCAUCCCUCUGUAGGCCACUGGCUGCUAGAAUACCUUUUUUGACUGUCUUCUGGUUUCACAGAGUUCAGAUCUUGGAUUCUACCCUAACUUGGGAGAAUGAAAGCCCUUCCCCAAACUCUGAAGGCCAGGCUUGCUCUGUUACAGAUUUAGUUACACUUCAUCCUAUGCUUCUUAACUGUUGCACUCCGCUGAGUGUCCAAAGACCUUGAAUCUACCAUCAGCACCUCAUCACAUCACUUUUCUUUACUCAUCUGAGUAUUCCAACAAUAAUUCUCCUAAUCUGACCACUUCCAGGUACAGUUUGCCUGGCUUACCAGGAGAAAACCUCUUAUAUUAACUUGAUAGAAGUUUAGCACCCAUGGAUGUCCCCAGAGAGAUCCUGAGAGUCAAGAUUGACAACCUCUCACUUGACAACCAGGUGACCACUCAGUCCUUCUCUAAGCAGGGAGCACUUGUCCUUCUCUCCUCUGCUGCAGCUGUUGAUAUCUGGAUCCUGGGGUGAAACCUCAGUUCUCCAAAUUGAGCAUCCCUGAGAAACUGGGCAGUGGGACAAACCCUGAAAUAUAACCACUAGAUGGCAGAAUGCCUGCCACCAUUCCCCCAUUCAAGGUAACACUCCAGUGAAAAUCAUCUUGCUCUUGUAUCUUAAGAGCCCUAACUGCAACAUUCAUUCUAAAUCUUUUAUUGUAUAGCUAAAUAAAUAAACACAGAAGGGACUGAUUUGAGCAAGAAACAGUUGAGGCUCUAAGGGUGCCAUGACUCCUAGCACAUGCCUGUUUCAUUAAUCACAGCACAGCAUCUUUAGCCCUGCUUGACAUGCUUGACAGAGAAGUUUUCAGGAUGUUUUGCCAUUCCCCACUUAGUAUCUUUCUGCUCAGAUUUGGAGCCUGAGGUGACAAAGUAGGAGUUUCCUUCUUGUCCAAAAUGCUUACACUGUCUUCAUACCUUUUUCUAAAACAUGCCUUAUCUGCGAAAGAUGAAAUAGUUCACAUUUGGAGGCAUCAGCCUUUGGUCAUCAUGUUUCUGUAUCCAUGAGUACCUGAUUCCCUUAGGCGCAAGUUGUGCCCCAUUUCUGCUUACCUCUUCUACUUCCUAGGAAACCAUUAGCAACAAACUACAAAGUGCCCAUUUCUGAAGAGUCCCUCCUCUUCCUCUUUAUUGAUACUCUCUUAUGGAGGAUACAAGAAAUUGAGAAUAGAUUGUGCUCAUUUCUCUCUCUCUCUCCUUUUUUUUUUUUUUUUUUGUGACCCUAAACCAUUGUUUCUAGCUUUAUAAGCUACAAAGCUUCAAGUGGCACAUAGGACAGGUAGGUGUUACAUAGGAAAGCAGGGGUUUAUAGAUUGGGGACCAGAGCUGCACCUGGAAAACACACUUGGAAUGAAUUCUCGCACUCCAAUAAACCCUCACGCAAUGUCACAACCUAAGGCUGCAGAUGUUUCUAAGUCUCCCCCUAGUUUCACCUUCUGAAAAAUGAACAGUUCUUUCAUUCUUAGUGUUAUAAAUCCUCAGGGGAAAUUUCCCCUCAAAACCUGGUUAGAGAAAGUGCCACAUUCCCACCUUCUAACACAUAGUCAUCAUUUGUAACAACUUUAAAGCAUGGGAAAAACUCUAGUUCUUGACCAAUCAAAAGGAUUUCUCUGAAGAAAUGUCCCAGUGGCUAUUUCUCUUUCUUCCUCUGUCACUAAGACCCAGACUAGGUCACCUCUAACAUGUCACUUAGGGAAAGUGCCAUGUUAGCAUAAAAGGGCACAAAUUUUUGAAUUAGGCCUGAGUUUGAAUCCCAGCUUCAUUGUGUAGGAUUUAUGGUGGAGGACCUCUUAGCCUUAAUUUCCACAUGAGUGAAUUGGCAAAAUGAAGGAUACUUCUAAGGGUUUUCAGUUAGGAUUAAAUGAAUAUAAAGUAUCAGGCCUAGAAUUAGGUAAGUACUCAAGAAAUGUCUUGUUUCUUCCUUCCAAAUCCUUUUUCUAAUUAUUCUUGGGAUUAAAGAAACAGUGGUAGGACACAAACCUUACUCAGAAGGUUGCAUGACUGAAUUUGCUUAGGGAAAGAAAAAUCAUUUCAUUAUAACAGCAUUAAAGGAAAAAUUGUAUGGUUGAUGAAUUCAGAGACAUUACCAAGUUGCCUCCUUUUCUAAAUAGAACAAGUAAUUUCAUUUUAUUUGGUGAAGCUGUUGUCUUCUAGGGUCUCCUUAUGCUAUCCCAUGUGCUUCCUAGUUCCCGCGUCCCAAGCAGGGCACUCUCCAUACCUCCCUAGAUUUGGUGUCUGAUCUGCCCUGGACUUCUGUUUCAAUAUUCUAGCUUUUCAUGGAGGUGAACCCUCACUGCUUUGUUAGUAAAUCUCUGCCAGCCAAAGUCAGAUAUAAGCCAUGAUUUGGAGAGGGAAAGAAUUUGGAAUACUUAGUUUCACUUAAUCAUCUGUGCUGAUGAACGCCUAUGUCAGUAUUAAUAAAGGGGAAUUGAAAAUAUUCAUUUCUGCCUUCUUCCUCCAAAUUUGUGUUUCUGUCUCAACUAAGCAAGAAUUAACAGGGUAUGUGAUGCUAUUUUAAGCUGCUCCACAUCAGACUGAAAUCCUAAUUAUGGUUUAUAAGUCAAACAGACCAAUUCAAUAGUGAUACAUUUUGUCCGGGACCUGUGCUAAAGUAGGCAAGUAUAAAUUUUUCUAAUGAGAAAUCUCUGUUUCUGUAUUAUCAGGACUUGUAUCUUAGAAUGCCUUCCUUGCCAUCCUCCAGCCCAACCCAAUGCACAGAUUGUGUCGAACCCAUGAGCCACCCAAGCUGCUAUGUUCUUAUGCACAGCUCUCACAGUGGGCUUGAAAGGCAGUACAAGGAGAAUU